AUGAUCCUGCGGAGGCUGGUGUCUCUGAUCCUCGACGCCGCCCGGCCGCGCGCUGAUGCCACCGCGGCGGCGCACGCGGCCGCCGUCAAAGCCGGCCACGCGGCGGACGUCUUCCUCUCCAACCACCUCAUCGUCUCCUACGCCGGGUCCGGCCUCCUCGAGGCCGCGCGGAGGGUGUUCGACGAAAUGCCGCGCCGGAACCUCGUGUCGUGGUCGGCUCUCAUCUCGUGCUGCGCUCGCGCGGGGAGGCCGGAGCUGGCUCUGGAGCUCUUCGCUCGGAUGGAAGGCGCGCGGCCGAACGAGCACGUCUACGCCAGCGUGGCGCGCUCCUGCGCCGCCCUGCGCGCCCUCGCGGCGGGCGCGCAGGUGCACGCCCACGCCGUCAAGAGCGGGUUCCUCGGCGCGUCCUUCGUGUCCAACUCCAUCGUGUCGAUGUACAUGAAGUGCGGAUGCUUCGAUCAAGGGUAUGACGUCUUCGCGACGCUCGCGGAACCAACCGUCGUGUCGUACAACGCCGUGAUCUCCGGCCUGGCGGCGAGCUCCCGACCGGAGAAGGGCUUGGAGAUGUUCAGGCUUAUGAAGCUGCGGGGCCUGCGUCCUGACAGGUUCUCAUACGCUGCUGCUCUUGGAAUCUGCUGCGAUUUGGAGAAUCCUAACAUUGGAGCAGCACUGCAUUGCGACACUAUCAAGAUCGGCCUGGGCGUCACUGCUUUCGUGGGCAAUGUCAUCCUGGACAUGUGCUCGAAACAUGGCACAAUCGCUGAGGCGGAGCAAGUGUUCUUAUCUGUGGAAGAGAAGGAUGCAGUCACCUGGAACACCUACACCGCCGCACACUCGCGGCGUGGCGGCCACAUGGAAGCUCUUAAGCUAAUCAAGGACAUGCUGGACACAAACGUCCGCCCUGACAACUUCACGCACGCCAGCGCCCUCGCGGCGUGCGCGGAGCUCUCUCUGAUCCGCCACGGCAGGCAAGUCCACUGCCACCUCAUCAGAAGCCGAGAAGACGCCGAUGUCGCCGUGGGCAAUGCGGUCAUCAGCAUGUACGCAAGGUGCGGUCACAUGGUGCUUGCAGCUCGCGCCUUCGAUCAGCUGCGACGCCCGAACUUGUGUUCGUGGAACACGCUGGUCUCUGGGUUCAGCAAACAGGGCCACGCCAAGGAAGCCGUCGAAGCCUUCGAGCGGAUGAAGGAAGCCGGGAUCGCUCCGGACUCAGUGACAUUCACCGGCCUCCUAGCCGCCUGCAACCAUGCCGGAUCGGUCAGCCAAGGCAUGGAGUACUUCAGCUCCAUGAGCGGGACGUACGGCGUCUCGCCCGGAGCCGAGCACGUCUCCUGCGUCAUCGAUCUCCUGGGCAGGGCCGGGAGGUUGAAGGAGGCGGAAGACAUUGUCCUGGCGUCCGCGUUCCGGGAUGAUCCUGUUGUUCUGGGCAGCCUGCUCUCGGCCAGCAGGGUCCACGGAGACACGGGCGUCGGCGAGAGGGCCGCCGGGAGGCUGCUGGCGCUCGGGCCGGCGACGGGUUCGCCGUACGCGCUGCUGGCGCACCUGAACGCCUCGGGCGGGCGGUGGGACGGCGCCGCGGGGGCGUGGCGGAUGCUGCGAAAGGACCGCGCGGCGGCGAGGAAGAAAGACGCCGGCCGCAGCGUGGUCGAUUUCGGAUAA